AUGGCCAAGCCAAAGCCAUCGGCAUCGUCAGAAAAGGGCUCCAGCUCGUCGCCGUCGCAGGAGACCACAGCAACUUCGCCGCAUGCACCCCUCGCCGACCAAGUGGUUCGUGUUCGCCUGGAGGAGCAUUACUACAACACACUGCUGGAGGACAUCAUGAUCCUCUCAUACGAUCACUCAUCCCCUACAGCCAGUCUCGAGGCCGCCCUCCCUGCGCUGAGCCGCAAGCUCCCUGAGAACGCCCUCGAGGAUCUUUUCUCGACCCCGUUUUCCGAUCUGCCAACACACCCCACCAACAACGUCACGACACACUUUCUCCUGUCCAACGAAAACUCGGGCUCGGUCGUGAACUUUCCGAAACGUUCGUUUGCCAAGAAGAAGCUGAACCCGAUCGAUUACACCAUUGUCAAGAAGGAGGUCAUGACGGCACUGCCGCCUCUCGAUAUCUGGAAGCCCUUCUCACCCUCGCCAAAGCGGCUGCCGCUGCUGCGGAAGGUCACGGUGAAGGUCUGGGAAGACUCUGCUGCUCACAACAAAUCCCUACUGCUGGGUGCCAUCAUGAACCUCCAGUCAAUCACCGGUGUCGAGGGAACGCCGCUCUUUUCCGACAAGAGCGAUGCUUCCCGCAAGAUCCGUGCUGGCAUGCCGCUAGGUGCCAAAGUAGACCUCUACGGCGACAAAAUGUACGAGUUUGUGGACAAACUGAACCAGUGCGUGCUGCCCCGCCUCCGCGAAUGGGAAGGCAUCAACCCGGUUGGCAACAACCUGGGCGCAUUGAAGCUCGAGCUCCCCGAGUCGGCCAUGGGCUACUUCCCCGAUAUCGAGCCUCACUUUGACAUGUUCCCGAGGAUGUUCAAAACCGAGAUCACCUUCUUUACGACUGCCCGCAACGACCGUGAAACCAUGCUGUUGCUCAGUGGCUUCCAGUUGCCAUUCCUAGACAAGCCGAUCGUCCAGCUCGAGGAGACCUCGGACGACAACUCGGAUCCUUGGGCCAAGUUCUACAAGACAAAGCGACAGCAAGAGAUGAGAAAGCAGAAGCUCAUGGGCAAGAAAUAG